AUGAAGAGCAGCGAGAGGGAUAGUUGUUUGGAGUAUAAAUAGUUGAAGCAAGUAAGUAAGAUCCAAGCAAACAACAAUGGAUUCAGAGGAUUUGAGAGAUUACUACAAGACUGGUAUAACAAAGGAGGCCUCUUGGAGGGUGUCACAGCUCAAAGCCUUACGCCAACUUAUAGAACACAAUGAACACCAAAUUUACACCGCCCUUAUGCAAGAUUUGGGGAAACACCAUGUUGAAGCUUUUAGAGAUGAGAUUGGUACUCUGCAAAAGUCCCUCAACUCUGCUUUGGAUAAUUUGAAGCAUUGGAUGUCACCCAAAAAGGCAAAGCUGCCAUUAAUAGCGUUGUUAAGCUCAGCUGAAAUGGUUCCUCAGCCUUUGGGCGUUGUUCUUAUAAUCUCAUCUUGGAAUUUUCCGAUUGGGUUGUCGUUGGAGCCGUUGAUUGGAGCAAUAGCUGCCGGAAAUUGCGUGGUUCUGAAGACGUCGGAAUCUGCUCCGGCGAGUUCGGCUUUGCUGGCGAAUACCAUCCGGAAAUAUGUUGAUAAUAAAGCUGUGAGGGUUGUGGAAGGUGGGGCGGCGGCUGGGGAGCGGCUGCUGCAGCAGCGGUGGGAGAAGAUUUUCUUUACAGGAAGUGACCGAGUGGGGCGGAUUGUUAUGGCGGCCGCCGCGAAACACCUGACGCCGGUGACUUUGGAGCUCGGCGGGAAGUGCCCGGCCAUCGUUGACUCACUCUCAUUUUCAUGGGACAUUGAGGCUACUGCCAAACGGAUCGUCAUCGGAAAAUUCGGGAACUGCGCCGGUCAAGCUUGCAUUGCGAUCGAUUAUGUCCUCAUUGAACAUAGGUUCAUACCUACCUUGGUCGAAUUGAUGAAGAAGUUCAUCAAGGAAUUCUUCGAUAGAAGUUCGAACCAGGCGAAAACCAUGGCGAGGAUCGUAAACAAACAAAAUUUCUUGAGAUUGAAGAAUCUGGUGGAUAAACCUGACGUACGAGCUUCGAUCAUCUAUGGGGGAUCCAUGGACGAAGACAAAUUGUUUGUUGAGCCGACUAUUCUGUUGAAUCCGCCAAGCGAUGCAGAAAUUAUGACGGAUGAAAUCUUCGGACCAUUGCUUCCCAUAAUUGGACUGGACAGGAUUGAAGACAGUAUAGAUUUCAUCAAUUCAAAGCCUAAGCCUCUCGCCGUUUAUGCCUUCACGAAGGAUAAAGCUUUCCAAAGGAGACUCGUCUCAGAAACCUCGUCCGGCAGUUUGACAUUCAAUGAUGCAAUUAUUCAGUAUGCAGCCGAUACACUCCCGUUUGGAGGGGUUGGUGAAAGUGGGAUUGGAAGGUACCAUGGAAAAUUCUCAUUCGACACUUUUAGUCAUGAAAAGGCUGUUCUGCAGAGGAGCUUUUUGGUUGACUUCUGGUUCAGAUAUCCGCCAUGGAACAGUCACAAGCUUCAGCUGCUUCGAGAAGCUUACAGUCUUAACUAUUUUCAGCUUGUUCUCACUGUUUUGGGUUUGAAAAAGUCUUAAUUAGAAGAAGACACCUACUUUUCUCUUCAGCUUCUCGUUCUACCCUAUAAAUAAACGAAAGCUACAUCUGUUUAGUGACAACAUGUAUUAAAUUUCAACGAAGACCAUCCCAUCUUAAUUCUUGUCAGUUGGCAUUUACUCCCUUUUUACCUCCA